GAGAUACAAUGCUCUCUCUUCGUUUGGAGAUUCGAGAUUGAGGCCGCGCCAUUCCCAGGUCCCAGCUCGAUCGAUCUCGUCCAGCAGCUAGCUAUCCCCAUCCUUGUCCAUGGCCACCACAAGAAAGAAACACGUCGUGCUCUUCCCCUUCCCCGGGCAGGGCCACCUCGCCGGCUUCCUCGCCAUCGCCCGCCUCCUGGCCCGUGAGCUGCCGGAUGCCGCCGUCACGGUCGUCUCCACUCCGCGCAACGUCGCCGCGCUGCGGCGCUCCUCCUCCUCAGCCGUGGACGCGGGGCGGCAGUCCUCGAUCGGUUUCCACGCGCUGCCGUUCGUGCCGGCCGACCACGGCCUGCCCGCCGGCUGCGAGUCCAUCAGCUCCCUCCCGCUGCCGGCGUUCAUCACGCUCUUCGAGGCGUUCGAGGCUCUCGAGCCCGCCUUCGACGCCUACCUGUCGGGUCUCCGCGGCGGCGCCGGCGCCGACGUCUGCGUCGUCGCCGACGUGUUCGUGGCGUGGACGGUGGGGGCCGCGCGGCGGCACGGGUGCGCGCACGCGCUCUUCGUCUCCUGCGGCGCGUUCGGCACGGCCAUCUUCCACGCCCUGUGGAGCCACAUGCCGGCGCUGCUUUUUGGCUCCGACGGCGCGCUCCGGCUGCCGGAGCACCCGGGCGUGGCGCUCCGCCGGUCGCAGCUGUCGCCGGCCUUCCUGCUCCGCGGCGACCUGAGCGACCGCUGGACAGCGUACUACCAGCGGAUCAUACGCCACGGGCACCGCACGGACGCGGUGCUCGCCAACACCGUGGAGGAGUUGGAGCCCACGGGGCUCGCCAUGAUGCGCCGCGCCCUUGGCGAGGUGGUCCCGGUCUGGCCCGUCGGCCCCCUCGUCCGCGGCGGCGACGACUCGGCCAAGUCCGACGACGACAUCGUCCUGCUGCGGUGGCUGGACUCGCGGCCGCCGUCGUCCGUCCUGUACAUCUCCUUCGGGUCCCAGAACACCAUCCAGCCCAACCAGAUGAUGGAGCUCGCCGCGGCCCUGGAGGCCACCGGCCGGCCGUUCGUCUGGGCCGUGCGGCCGCCGGUGGGGUUCGACAUCGCCGGCGCGUUCCGCGACGAGUGGCUCCCGGAGGGGUUCGAUGCGCGGGCGCGCGCCGGCGACAGGGGCGUCCUGGUCCGUGGGUGGGCGCCGCAGGUGCGGAUCCUCGCGCACGCCGCCACGGGCGCGUUCCUCAGCCACUGCGGGUGGAACUCGGUGCUGGAGAGCCUGGCGCACGGCGUGCCGGUCAUCGGCUGGCCGCUCGCGGCGGAGCAGUUCUACAACGUCCGGGUGCUGGCGGAGGAGUGGGGGGUGGGCGUGGAGGUGGCGCGGGGGAACCUCGAGAGCUCGGCCGUGGGGAGGUCCGAGGUGGCCGAGGCCGUGGAGACGGUGAUGGGGAACACGGCGGCGUCGGCGGCCAUGCGGCGGCGCGUCGUGGAGGUCCAGGAGGUGAUGCGGAGCGCGUGAGCGGAGGACGGCGGGUCGUCGAGGACGGCGCUGCGCGAGUUCUUGAGAGCCAUGCGCCUGCAAUGAAAAACAGAGCAGCAAUGCCACCUCUUGUCGUGCUCGUAUGCUCGCCGCCAGGCCAAUUAUUUGUCUUGAUUGAAAAGUACUUUUAUAAUUCAUGCAUGUAUUGCGAAUUAGUACGAUUAUAUUUUAAUAAAUUACAAUGUGGUGAAAUCAGCUCGUGAGUUAGUGUAAUGCAUUAUUUAUUCCAUGGAAGUUAGUUAUCCUGAAAUACAAGAUAUUUUUGUGCGUGCUAA